AUGGACGCGUCAUCACUGUAUGUCCUCGACAUCGGUGACGAAAUGUGCGCGUGCGUCCGCGGCGCGCGAGCGAUGGGUCCGCGGCGCGCGCGCGGGGCGUCCGCGGUGGCGCGUGGGAUCGCGCUCGCGGUCGUCGCGGUCGCGGUCGCGGCGCGAUCGGUGGGCGCGACGACGGGGCGUCGGUCGUCGGCCGAACGGACGCUGGAACAUCGUGGAAAACGAGACGUCGUCGUCGUCGUCUCGCUCGAUGGCGUCGUGCGCGCGCUGGAUUCGGGCACGGGUGAUGUCGCGUGGUCGUUCGAUAGCGGUGGUGCGCUCGCGGGGGCGUCGUGGGAGCGAGGUGGGGGAGGGGACGCGGAUGCGGCGACGCGGCGCGCGGGCGCGGAUUUCGUCGCUCGACGGGCGGGAGACGUCGAUUCGGACGUCGAGCGCGGUCGUAGGAACGUUUUUCCGGGCGUUGACGGCGCGUUGUACGCCCACCACGUCGGACGAGAGGGUAAACACGUGGUGCGACGGUUGCCGGUGACGACUCGGGAGUUGGUGGAUGCGAGUCCGAGCGCCACGGCGGACGGAGCGCUCGUGGUCGGGCGACGGUCGUCGACGAUUUACGCCUUGAAUCCGCGAACAGGAGGGGUAGUGCGCGUCGUGAACGUCGAUGGAUCGACGACGAGCGUGGACGCGGACGAGGUCGAUGACGAGGGGGAGUUGAUUUACGUCGGUCGCACCGAGUACGUGGUGCGAAGCGUCGACGCCGCGUCGGGGGCAGAGCGCUGGAACGUCACGCACGGCGAACUUAGAAGUUUAACCAGGGACUCGAGCACGGGGACGCUGAAGAUUGGAACCGAUCGCGCGCCGUCCUCGGGGUCGUUUGCGAUCGGGCCGGGGAACACGGUGCGAAGCGUGGACGCGCGCACGGGUAAGACGAAGUGGACGCACACGCUCACGUCACUCCCGCUCGGGGUGAGUGACGCCAGUGGACACGUGGUCGUGGAUAACAUGGCGCAGAUACACGGUGAGAGCGACGAUAAGAUCAUCAUCGGCGCGCACGAGGGUGGAUUGUUCGCGCUUCCGUACACCGCGAGCGCCGCCGCCGGUUUGCCAGACGGCGGAGACGCUUCGAACGCUCUCGUGCCGACGAGCGGGCGAGAGUCGUUCGUGCGAAUCGAUGUCGAGAGCGAUGCAGAUGACUGGUCGUGCAUUCCCGAUGAAUUAGUCAAGGCGACGCUCGAUAAGACUUCGGGCCAGAGCCGAGUUCCGCGAAACGAGGCGACGCGCGCGGCGCUCAAUGCUCUACUCGUGGGAGGCGUGUCCGUGAUCGUAGUAUUCUUCGCGAAGAGGAGCCAGGAUAGUUCCACCGCGAUUAGCGACGCACCAUCGACCGGAGAUGAGGUGGAACAGCUUUCGGCCGCGGCGAAGAAGCGAGCGAAGAAGCGUGCCAAGCAAGCAGAGGCUCGGGCGGCGGAGGAGGAGCUCAAGGCGAAAAUUCUCGCGAGCGUGGAAGAAAAGACGCGUGAAGAGACGCGAAUCGGGAGGUUGUUGAUCGAACCCACCGUGUUGGGUUACGGGUCGUGCGGUACGAUCGUUUUCGCCGGCGAGAUGGAUGGUCGCCGCGUCGCGGUGAAACGCUUGCUCGCUCAGUUCCACGAGCUCGCACGAAAAGAGCUUGACGCGCUCAUCGCCUCGGAUGAGCAUCCAAACAUUCUGAGAUGUUUUGCUCUUGAGGAGGAUGAAAACUUUGUGUACAUGGCGCUUGAGCUCUGUGCGUCGUCCCUGGCGCAUCUCGUCGAUCCGGUGGACACGGGCGAUAACGUGAACGUCUUGGACAUCAAGUGCGUGAACGCCAAGACAAAGUACCCAACGCCGGAGUGCAUGCGCAUUAUGUACGACGUCAUCUCUGGUCUGGCGGCCCUCCACGAGCGAGGGAUCGUGCAUCGCGAUCUGAAGCCGCAAAACGUGUUGAUUACGGCUUCCGGACGAGGAAAAAUUGCCGACAUGGGUCUCGCGAAACGCGUGAACAUCGCCGAAGGCACGUCGUUUGAGACGCACGUCGCCGGUGGACCCAAUGCGAACAGUGUGGCAGGUACUUCUGGUUGGCAAGCUCCGGAGAGACUGUCACAAGGCCGACAGUCGCGAUCCGUGGACGUGUUCAGUUUCGGUUGUUUGAUGUACUACGCCCUCACCGGCGGGUCGCAUCCGUUCGGAUCCAAGCUCCAGCGCGACUCAAACGUCAUGGCGAACAAAUCCGACGUAUCAAAGCUGACUUUUUUCCCCGAAGCACAGGCUUUGGUGAGAUCGUGCAUUGACGCCAAUCCCUCAGUUAGGCCGUCCGCCAAGGAUAUUUUAUCGCACCCUAUUUGGUGGGACGCCGGGAAAAAGAUUCAGUUCCUUAUCGACGCCUCCGACCGAGUGGAGAUGGAAGAUCGCGUGAGCGAUCGAACGCUCCUGAGAGAGCUCGAGAAGCGCGCCAAGGGCGCCAUCGCGUGCGAAGACUGGACGAAGAAACUGGACCCGGCGUUGCUCGAAAACAUGGGCCGCUACCGCGAGUACAACGGAGCGUCAGUGCGCGAUCUCCUUCGCGUCAUACGCAACAAAGCCAAUCACUACCGCGAGCUUCCACCAAAACUUCAGCGUGCGCUCGGAUCUUAUCCCGAUGGGCUCUGGCAAUACCUCUCGAUUCGAUUUCCAUCGCUCUUGCUCUGCGUGCGAGACUUCUUCGCUCCCACGGCGGAGAGCGAACCGACACUCGCCAAGUACUACGUCGACCACGCGUCGUCGCAACACUUCGCACCACCGCUCGGCACGCCGGAGCCCGUCUCUCACGCCCCCAUGGUGGCUCCACAAAUUUUCCCAGAGCGCCCCGGACGUGAACUCUGUGAGUUCUACAUGAAAACCGGUCGGUGCAAGUUCGGCGCGUCGUGUAGGUUCCACCACCCGCGCGACGCCGGACACUGGGACGUCCCGCACCCCGCCUCUCGAGGCGCGUAG